AUAACCUGAUUGCCGAUCGUUCUUAGAUAAAGUUCUUUUGAUAUUGAUAGAUCACCUAAACUACUCAACUUAAUUUGAUUGUCAAAAAAAAAUCGGUAACUUUAGAUAGUGUCAUCUAUGAAUUGUCACGUGAUACAGCAAAUAAAUUUCACGGGAUAGAAAAAAAUUUUUCCUUUCAAAGAUGGGUGGUACGAAGAUAAACGUUUCAAAAAAGUUCUUUAAUAAACUUUAUUUUAGGUGCGUUUCUUUCCUUAAAAUAUUCUUUGAGCAUUAUUUUGAGAAAGACUUGGGGAUAAGGGAAGUUUUAUGUAAAGCUUUACGACAAAAUUUUAACAUAACAAAACCAACACCAUGUCAACAAAAAUUAAUUCCUUCAAUUCUUUCCGGGAAUGAUGUAUUAAUUCGAGAUUUAACAGGAUCAGGAAAAACAUUCGGAAUAGUUUUAGCAUUACUUAGCAAAACACGUAUAGUACCUAAAUCAUUAUCUCAAAACACUCGUUCAUCUAUACCAAUAACAACAAAUUUAUUGGUAGUUCCAAGUAGAGAAUUAGCAUUUCAAAUAGAAUCUUGGAUUCAUUCUUUAUUUCGAGAUACAAAUUUACCUAUGAAAUCAAUAAUUCAAGUUGCAGUUAAGACUGCAAAGGAAAUUGAAGAAGAACAAUUAGUAAAUUUUAGAAAGACACCACCACUUCUACUUGUAGGUACAGCUAAAAGAUUAUUGGAACUAGUUGAAAAUCAUGGAUUAAAGUUUCACGGAUUGAAUACUUUGGCAUUGGAUGAAGUUGAUCAUUUAAUUAAAUUACCUGGAAAACAUGCAAAUUUGAAAAAAAUCAUAAAUCGAGAAAUUCAUCCAAAACCAACUGAAUUAUUAGCUAGACAUAUAUUAAGUGGAUUAAAUAAUGACAAUAAUGAAUCAUCAAGAAAUGAAAAGAUUUAUUACAGAUAUAAGCCACAAGUGAUUAUAAGUUCAGCUACGUUAAAUAGAGCACUUAGAUAUUAUUUCAAAGAUAAUCAACUAGCACCAAAUCCUAUAUUUGUUGAUAUGAGUCAAGGAAAUUAUUCUCCUCCAACAAUUACUCAUCAUUGUCUUACUAUUACAUCAAAUAAUAUUAGAAAUUUAACAACUUCAAAUUCAACAAGUGAAGAGGAAAGAAUUCAAGAUUUUGAGGAAGAUGAUGAUCGAAUGGUUGAUAGUGUUGUAGGAACCAUCGAACUUGAGAAACAAAUGAUACAAACUGGAAUUAUUUUUGUUAAUCAUAAAAUCAAUGUCCCAGAACUUGUAAAAAAAUUUAGAGAAUAUGGAAUUCCAGCAAAAGAAUUAAGUUCAUCUUAUAUUCCAACAAUUAGUGAACAAGGAUAUUCUUAUAAUUCUCUUAGCACAAUUGAGACCGAUUUAAAUGACAUUGUAACACAGUCUACAUUUUCACCUAAAACAACGAUAUAUGUGGCGCAGGAAUUCACAUCACGUGGAAUCGAUAUACCCAAUAUUUCGCAUGUAUUUAUUUUGGGAGUUCCAAGCUCGGCUGCUGAGUAUUUACAUAUGUCCGGGAGAACAGGUAGAAUGGGCGGAGAUGGUAAGGUUAUAAGCUUUAUUAAAGAUGGUCAAAAAAGGGUAAUGAUGAACUAUAUCACUUUUUUAGAUUUGAAACUUGAUAAUUAUGAGCAUGUUGAUUAAAAAAAAAAAAAAAUUCAAACAAGUAAAAAAAAUGUAAUAUAAAUAAUCUUUUAUUAAAAUUAAAAUAA